AUGAUGGAGAGAGAGGAAGAUGAGUUGACAAUUCAGAUUCCUUCACAGGAUGGUGCUAAAACGGAAAGAACUACAGAUGAAAUGGUAUCUCCAAGGCGAGGAUUGAACAAAAUAAAGGUAUCGGCUCCAUCGGUGCAACCGUAUCUUACAUCCCUUGGUAUCUCGGUUGGGGAUGAAACGCAUAUUGUGGAGAAAGAAGUGGAUGAGAUUGCUCAUUUGCGUCGGGAAUACGACGCAAUCAAGAAUGCAAAUUGGCGCAAGGAGAAGAAAAUUAAGAAACUUGAAGAAGAUGUGAAAAAUAUGACAAUGAUUCUUCAAGGGCGUAUGGCUGACAACUCACAGACCAAGUUUCUCAUGGCGAACAUCGAGAACAAGUCAGCGCUAUACGAAUCCAAGUUAGAAGAUGAGUUAAAAGACCGCGGUGUGUAUAACCACAUGAUUCAGCGCUUAACAGACGAAGUUUUGGGCGCAAAAAAGGUGAUGUUGGCGAAGGAAGAGACAUUGCAUGCUUUGCGGCAAGACCUCUCCGUUGCAGUGACAGGGUUGCUCGCAACACGUCACGAAAAAUCAGCGGCCGAGAGUUUCUAUAAGCGUCUUUAUACGAAUUGGUGGGAGAAAAAGCAGGCGAACAUUCGCGCGCUUGACGACCUCCAGCAAGCUGUCGAGCAGACUCGCUUGAAGUCCGAUAUUUUGGAGGCGCGAGAAGUUUCUAGGAAAAACAAUGUGCAGGCAGCCUUGGGUGAGCUCAAGCAGAAGGAAAAACGUCGUCUACGCCGUGAAUCGUCCGAGCAAAUGACACUAUUUUCCGAGGUACAGGACGAGCUUCUCGAUACCAAUCAGAGGCUGGUGAGCGUGGAGGCUGAGCUGAGACAGAUUGUUGAAGCUGCCGGCACGAGUGACGCAGAUCAAAUUGUUUCUAAAUAUUUGGGGCGGGAAGAAAAUUUGCGGUGUCUUGAAGAGGAGCAUGCGAUCACCAACGCGCGCAUGAUUAAAUUGCGAGAUCGUCACAAGCAGCUUAACGAGACCCUGAGUUGCUUUCGUAGCGCAGCAGCCAACUCGCGUACAAUUUACCAAGAAAUGGAUCAGGCAUCAGAUCGGCUGAAAGAGACUGAUAAGGAGGCUGCUUUAUUGGCUGACAAAUGUAAUCGUGCUGAUGUGCUAACAGAUGCAUUUCGUGCAUGCCUUCUGAAGUGCCUGCGGAAGCUUAGCACGGUUCACGGCUCAUUAGAAAGUGAUGACCAACACGAGAUAAGCCAAAUAAGUGAGACGCCCACGCAGGAUUUAUUGCACUCUAUGGAGCAAAAACUUAACCGUGUUGUGGAUAUUGUAAAUCGCGAAAAGGCUGAGCGUGAGCUGCACCGUUCCGAGACCACUCUAAAUUCUAACGGAAUGGGAUCAGGUUCUACACUUGCUGAUGGCGUAUUAAGCACCGAUGACACGGCGAAAGUACUCCAGAACUCUGUGCGCGCACCUGCGUCAUUUGAAACUGAAGAGCAUUUUAUUUUACGAAUGGCAUCAACUGUUGCAUCACCUGCCAAUGUUCGUAGCCCAAAGCAUCUCACGUUAGGUCUGCCGAUGAGGUCAACACAGGAGCAGCUGCCAUAG